CGGUGAGUUUUAUAGCAACUGUUGCCCUGUGAGGCAGCGCCAUAGUCACCGUAGUCCUGGCGACUGUAACCCACCAACAACAACAACCUCUCGUUCCAUCAUUACCACCACACCAUCCUCAUCCUCAUCAACCAGUCCUCAGCCCAGGCGCCAUGCAGACCCCUGAGGCAGGCGCUGAAUCCGCCUCCACUGUCCACACCGCUGUGCCUGUGCAGCCUGCAGGCUCCGCCCAGCAGGUGUCCUCUCAGGCCCAGACUGUUCAACAGGUUCAGCAUGUAUACCCAGCACAACAGGUGCAGUACGUGGAGGAGAACAGUGGCGUCUAUACCAACGGGAACAUACGGACAUACUCGUACUCCGAGCCCCAGCUGUACAGCCAGAACAGUGGAGGGAGCUACUUUGACACGCAGGGCAGCUCAUCCCAGGUGUCCACGGUGGUGUCAUCCCAUGGCAUGGCCAACAACGGAGGGGGGAGGGGGCUGACCAUGGGUCUGGCUGGGGGGCAGAUCAUCAGCAGCUCUGGGGCCUACCUCAUCGGGGGCAACACCAUGGAUAACUCUGCCCCCCACCCAGCAGCCCAGACCACCCGAACCUCCCCGGCCACUAUUGAAAUGGCGAUUGAGACGCUCCAAAAGACUGAAGGUUUAUCCAGUCAGAGAAGCUCACUACUCAACAGCCAUCUGCAGUGGCUACUGGAUAACUAUGAGACAGCAGAGGGGGUGAGUCUGCCUCGCUCCACCCUCUAUAACCACUACCUGCGCCACUGCCAGGAGCAGAAGUUGGACCCGGUCAACGCUGCUUCCUUUGGCAAACUCAUCCGCUCCAUCUUCAUGGGGCUCCGCACGCGUCGCCUGGGCACACGAGGGAACUCGAAGUACCACUACUAUGGGAUCCGGUUGAAGCCGGACUCUCCUCUCAACAGACUGCAAGAGGACAUGCAGUACAUGGCCCUCAGACAGCAGCCUGUCCAACAGAAACAGAGGUUUAAGCCGAUGCAGAAGGUUGAUGGUGUAUCUGGGGAGAACUUCUCAGGCGGAGGCCAGCACACCCCCAGUGCAGCGGAGCAGACUGUCAUCGCACAGAGCCAGCACCACCAGCAGUACCUGGACACAUCGCGGGCCCUGCCAGACUUUGUGGAGCUGGACCUGGGAGAGACCAACGUGGACAACGUCGGCCCAGACGACAUCAAAGCUCUCCAGUCACUCUACAGAGAGCACUGUGAGGCCAUUCUGGAUGUGGUGGUCAACCUCCAGUUCAGUCUAAUAGAGAAGCUGUGGCAGACUUUCUGGCGCUAUUCUCCUUCUGACUCAGUGGAGGGCGCCACCAUCACAGAAAACAGUGGUGUGAGUGAGAUUGAGGGCCGUCUGCCCUGCUGCAGACUGCUGGUGCUCUGUAGGAACGAGGCUGUGCUCAAGUGGAUGAGUUCCUGUGACCACCUGAUGUACCAGGCCCUAGUGGAGAUCCUCAUCCCUGAUGUCCUCAGACCCAUCCCCAGUGCCUUGACUCAAGCCAUCCGCAACUUUGCCAAAAGCCUGGAAGGCUGGCUCAACAAUGCCAUGAACACCAUUCCACAGAGAAUGAUCCAGACCAAGGUUGCCGCUGUUAGUGCCUUUGCUCAGACGCUGCGUCGCUACACUAGUCUGAACCACCUGGCCCAGGCAGCACGCGCCGUGUUGCAGAACACCUCCCAGAUCAAUCAGAUGCUCAGCGACCUCAACCGCGUCGACUUCGCCAACGUGCAGGAGCAGGCGUCGUGGGUGUGUCAGUGUGAGGAGGGUGUGGUUCAGAGGUUAGAGCAGGACUUCAAGGCCACCCUGCAGCAGCAGAGCUCUCUGGAGCAGUGGGCUGCCUGGCUGGACAACGUGGUCACCCAGGUCCUACAGCCCUUCGAGGACAGGCCCAGCUUCCCCAGGGCGGCACGACAGUUCCUGCUCAAGUGGUCCUUCUACAGCUCCAUGGUGAUUCGGGACCUGACCCUGCGCAGCGCGGCCAGUUUUGGCUCGUUCCACCUGAUCCGCCUGCUCUACGACGAGUACAUGUUCUACCUGGUGGAACACCGCGUCGCCCAGGCAACCGGUCAGACACCUAUCAGUGUCAUGGGAGAAUUCGAUGACCUCAACGCCAUGUCACCUGCUAACAUAGACAAAGACGAGGUGAGUGAGAUGGACAGUGACCUGGAGGAGGACAUGGAGGAGUCCGGGGAGCCGCUGGCCAAGCGGGAGAAGGCUGAGGUGGAACAUGAGCACCAGGUGAUCCAGGUGAUUCAGGUGGGGGCUCUGGAGGACGGCAGUAACCCCGUGGUGGGGGUGCUCCAGCCGGGCAUCCUGCACUCCCUGCCCCAGCCCCCCCAGAACCAUGCUGAGCACAUCCUCACCACCUCCGCCGCCACCACCACCAUCCGCCACUGCAGUGCCACCGGCAACACCUACGCCUCCGUCUGAGAGGGAGAUGACCCCCCCCCCCCCCGGGCAACCUCUCUUCUCUCUGUCACGCACGUCUGCACGGUCCCCUCUGUCGUACGCUGUGUUUUCUCUGCACUCGUCUAGACACACUCCUCCCCCCUCCACCCUGACCAGUAAGGGAGCGUGAAAAACAUCACGACCACAGCUGGCGUCACACAAGCGGUGGAUGAGUAGAGCUAGACGGGAAUGUGGAUCUGCUGGGGAGUCAUGUGGACGGGCUGUCUCUGUCUGUCAUGUGGCUGUCCUCUGGGUCAGGGAGGGGGAUUGGGAGGUGGGGGGUUGUACAGGCGUGAGACACUGGCUGAUCCUACUGUAGCUGUGUAGAAGGGAAGGUGUCCUUCCUUAGAGAUUCACAUAUUUCCUGAUGUUUAAAAGCUCAAAUCCAAGCCACCAGCCCCAGAAGAACAACGGCAUUGAUUGACAGAAAACACCUGGUUCUCUCUUAGAUUGGCUUGUUUAGUAUAUAUCUAAACAACCACACAGGUGCUAUUCUCUUACACUACCAGAUGUUCAGACAGAAUUCAGUUGAAUGACAAAGUAUUUUUUUAAAGUCAUGAAUCUUUCGAAGCAUUGUUGAGAUAUGACAUUUGGUGGAUUAUGAUUGCUUAUUGCUUGUAAUGUGUUGUUUGGCAUCCUAUGAUUUAUUGAAUAGUGUAUAAUUGUAGCCAUGAUCCCCUGAUAAGCACUAAUGGCUUUUAGCCAUGAUCCCCUGAUAAGCACUAAUGGCUUUUAGCCAUGAAGUUAGUUCUGCCCAUGAAGGAAGACAUUCUGUUAUUUAUGCUGUUACUUUGUAGAGACAGAGAGACAAGCUGUAGUACACCACUUCUACAACACUGGCUUUUCUACACAUUUCAUGCAUAGUGUGGGGUGUGCUUGACUUUUGGCCUUGGUUUGGUUGGGUUUAGAUGCUCGAUAGUGUGACAAAAUUACAUUAGUUGGACUUAUUAUCUACUGAUAUGUUCUCAGUACAGUAGGUGUGUUCUUUUGUAGGUUUCUUGAGUUCUGAAUGGACCAAAAACCAACCAACCAGAGGAAACUGGCAGAGCGAAAGAGAGCCAUCAUGGCCGCCACAGUUACCACGGCGAGGGUGCUGCGUGUUCUGUUUCCUGUCCCAACAGUGCCGUGUUGCAGAGUGAAUGUCAGGGAUUCUAUGUACCUCGGCUUCAUCGUAGUGCCUUAAUAACCCUUACUGCAGCUGUCCAUGUAGUCCUGACUGAUUGUGUGGUUGAGGGAAAGGAUAGCGCACACACACACACACACACACACACACACAGAGACAAACACAGCUCCUCUGCGUUACUGUCCCAGCAACAACUUUGUGUCUCUGGUGACUUGUGGCUGGAUUUGGGCUGGCUCAUCAGUGUUACUGCAGGGCUGGAGAGAUGCAGGUUCAGAGGUGCUUGUUGAGUUCUCUGUGCUGGUUCUAUGAAAUGUUUUGUUUGUUUGUACCUGCUCUCACUCUUUCCACACUCCAGGCCUGCUCCUGCUUUGGCCUCUGCUAUUGGGUGAAGUGUGUGUGCAUGUGCAGAUGGGAGGACUUGAUUGAGAUGUUGAUUGUGUGUGUAUGAAUGAGUCUGAACAUGUGUUUGAGCACACCCACUAGUCACCCUACCUCACACCAGUGUUGCCAGCCCGUUGACACGUACAGCACAGUCACCAAACUUGUUCUGACAUACUAACCGUAUUACUCCUUCAACACUGCACACUAACAUUAUACAUGCCUGUUACACCACACACAACUAAAAUACAGUCAUUUCAGCCCCUUCAGUUCUUAGUCCACAACGUCAUCACCCCUUAUUAUCUCCCUUCUAAAGUGCAUAUUUGUAUAGUGGACCAAAAGUAGAUAUUUUCUGAUAUUUAAAGAUAUAUAUAUAUAUAUAAGGAUGAUACAAUGUAUUCAUUUUGUUUGUUUUGUUUUCAUGUGGUUGAUCUGAUUGUCAUCUGUGAUUGUUUCUUUUGUAGCUCUUCUGUGAUUGGUUGAUUGACUGUGAAAUGGGUGGGGGCAUGGGGACCAGCUUCUCUGAUGACACUGGAUACACAUUUUGUACUUGAACUGUUAUUGAUAGCUUUUAGGAAAUGGAGAACACACUGGAACAUUGUGUUGAACUGGAAGAAUCUUGUUGUUGAUACUACUGAAGUUACCUUUCUGUUUUUUAACUCUCAUCUGGAGAACUGUCUGCACCAAUGCUUUGCCUCGACUUCAUUUAUUAGUAUUCAUAGUGCUUUUGUUUUACUAUUUGAGAAAUGAUUCUUAAGUUAUGCACAUGUAUCCAUGCGUAAACCAGUCUUGAAAAUGGAAUUAUAACUUCUGAGAAACAAAAUGUACCUGCAAAAGGACUGGAAUUAUGUUUUCAGUGGAAGUGGAUUUAUUUGAUAAACUACAUUUUCUUUACAGGUAUAUGAGAAAGGACAAGUAGAAUUAUAUUGCCUUUCAUUAGUUUUCGCGGAAGAUAGAGUGCGUUCACUUUAAACUGAAGGUCAUCGACCUUGCUUACAGGUAAUUGAAGGCCUUUGGGCAUUUGUUUACAUGCCAAACUCUGACCUCACAGAAAUGACAAGAUCUUUCUUAAUGACUGUACUGUCACCCAACAUGCCGUUAGAUAUGGCUCUUGGACUUUGACCUUUUUGUCAUGAAAAUACUGAAGAUGUUAAGAUUAAAUGUGUAUUCAUUUGUGCCUGGAGUGCAAACAGCUUACAGAUGUGCUUUAGAAUCUUGAAAGUGCUUUUUUUGGUCUUGCAUGCCUUUUUUGUGCUGCUAGAAUCUGUUGGUUUAUCUAUUUUUUUUUUUUAUAUGUGCCAGACAGUAAAUGCUGUAUUCACUCUGUAACCUCAUCAAACCUGCCUGUUUUAACAUCAAUUGUGUUUUAUUCAUAGUUGACCAUUCACAAAAAGUCGUACAUUUAUAUUUGUUUAAGAUUGAAAAUAUUAGGUCCUUCCCUUUUUGGUUCCUUGAUAAUUGAGCCCAUUUCCAACGUAUGUCAGUUGGGAGGGGUGAGAAUACGGCAGCUUCACUGAUCCACGAGACCCAGUGCCUUUGAUUUUGCCCAAGCAGGGGGGCCUACGUCUCUGGUCUGACUCCAUGGUUCCAGAUACAGGCUCUUUAGACAGGCGUUUUAUGGUAGUGAGGUGAAAAUGGCUGCUCACAGUGAGAGGAGGAUAUGGGCCUGAGGGAUCGUACACUUCUACCCUUGAUCCUGAUCUCAUCCAAACUAUGAGUACUGGUCAACUGUUACUGACUAAUGACCACACAGGACAGUUUACAAUGGAUGGAGCUUGCUCCAGAUAUUUUCUGUUGGACUGCGCAUUAGGAGAGAACUACUAUUGUAUAGAUUUACUGUAUCACUAAACUAACAAAGAUUGGAGUAUAACUGGACUGGCAUAUUUGCCAAUAGCAACACUGUACUAUGACUUUCAUUGUUGUCACGAUCAUUUCCUUUCGUUGUAUGAUAUUCACUGAUUGCUGUAUGUUUGCUUUAUUCAGUAUGAUUUGGAAUAUUUUCCUGUUCUAUUUUAAGUGCCAUUUGACAGUCUAGUGAGUUGUGGCCCGCUGUAGCACGCUCUAAUGCAAGCACACGCAUUUGGCAGUGGAUUUAUGGGGGAACCUUUUAGUUGAAAACUCCCCAGAUGUAACCAAGAUGUAAAUAUAGACAAAAUGGGAAGAAAGGAUAUUUAUUUACUGUCUCCUUAAAUAUUUGUUUUGUUCUUUUUGGAUGUUUUAUUUCAGCCAAAAAAACAUUGAUUUCUCUUUUUCCUCGUUUUGGAUAAUGUAUUGUAUUCAUAUACAGGUAACUGCCACGAUAAUGUUAACACUUCAGUAAAUGAGGGAUACAAAGUAUGUUAAAAAAGUAGGUGGUUCUACAAAGGUGUGGUUCCUGAAUUGCUUAAAAUUAAGCAAUGAACAUUCCACCAUGCUUAGGGUCAUGUAUAAAAAUGCUGGGCAGGCCCUUGUUUUGGCUAGCAUGGCUGUGCCCCUAUCCACAGGGCAUGAGUGGUCACCUGAAUGGUUUUGAUGAGCAUGAAACAAUGUAAACCAUAUGCCAUGGCUGUCUGUCACCAGAUCUCAACUCAAAUGAACACUUGUGGGAGAUUCUGGAGCCGUGCCUGAGACAGCGUUUUCCACCAUCAACAAAACACCAAAUGAUGGAAUUUCUCAUGGAAGGAUAGUGUUGCAUCACUCCGAUAGAGUUCCAGACACUUGUAGAAUCUACAGUGCUUUCAGAAAGUAUUCACACCCCUGAUUUUUUUUCAAAUGUUUUUGUGUUACAGCCUGAGUUUAAAAUGGAUUAAAUUGAGAUUUUCUUGACACUGACCUACACACAAUACCCCCAUAAUGUUAGACAUUUUUACAAAUUCAUUUAAAAUGAAAAGCAAAUGUUUUGUCAAGUAUGGCAAGCCUAAAUAAGUUCAGGAGUAAUAAUGUGCUUAACAAGUCUCACAAGAAUUUCCAACAAAGAUUCAGGCACAAAGACUAGGGAGGUUUUCCAAUUCCUCACAAAGAUGGGCACCUUUUGAAGUAAUUAACUCACCAUCAGGCCAAUGGUGACUUUAAAACAGUUAGAAGAUUGAUGGAUCAACAACAUUGUAGUUACUCCACAAUACUAACCUAAUUGACAGUGAAAAGAAGGAGGCCUGUACAGAUAAAAAAAUAAUGCUGCAAAAAAUGUGGCAAAGCAAUGAACUUUUUGUCCUGAAUACAAUGUGUUAUGUUUGGGGCAAAUACAACACAUUACUGAGUACCACUCAUCUCAUUUUCAAGCAUAGUGGUGGCUGCAUCAUGUUAUGGGUAUGCUUGUAAUCGUUAAGGACUGGGGAGUUUUUCAGGAUAAAUAGGAACGGAAUGGAGCUAAGCAUAGGCAAAAUCCUAUCAUAUGUUUGUUGUGUAGUAAAUAUUUCAGCUUUUAUUUUAAUUAGUUUUUUUCCUGUAAAGCACAUUGUGUUACAUUCCAUGUCUGAAAUGUGCUGUGUAUAAAUACAGCUUGAUAUAUGAUUUGAUUCGAGGAAAACCUGGUUCAGUCUGCUUUCCCCCAGACACUGGGAGAUAAAUUCACAUUUCAGUAAGACAAUAAACCUAAACACAGGCCAAAUCUUCACUGGAGUUGCUUACCAAGAAGACAGUGAAUGUUCCUGAAUGGCUGAGUUAGUGUUGACUUACAUCUAUGGCAAGAUCUGAAAAUGGUUGACAAGCAAUGAUCAACAACCAAUUUGACAGACAGUUUGAAGACUUUUUUUAAAGCAUAAUGGGCAAAUGUUGCACAAUCCAGGUGUGCAAAGCUCUUAAGAGACUUACCCAGAAAGACUCAUCUGUAAUCGCUGCCAAAGGUUUUCUGUGUCGACUCAGGUGGUUGAAAACUUCUCAAGAUAUAUUUGUUUUAUUUUUGUAAACAUUUUUAUUUUUUACAAAUGUUAGAUUUUUUCUUACGCUUUGACAGACUAUUUUGUGUAGAUUAACAAAACAUGACAAAUCCAUUCUAAUCCCACUUUGUAACAACAUUGUAGAGAAAGCCAAGGGGUGUGAAUACUUUCUGAAGGCACUGUAUGCCAAGGUGUAUUGAAGCUGUUCUGGCUCAUGGUGGCCCAACGCCCUAUUAAGACACUAUGUUAAUGUUUGCUUUAUUUUGGCAGUUACCUGUGUAUAAUACAUACUGUACAUCUCAAGUGACUUUCUUUUUGUGUGUUGUUUCAAGUUACCUCUUAGCUAGUAUAUUAUAUCUUCUUAAAUUGGCAAGAGCUAACCAAUAAGUGUAGGGUGAUUUGUAUUGUGUAUUUUACAUAAAAGAUGAGGAAAACUGGGAAACUUUUAUAUUUAUAAAGGCAUAUAUUAACAUUUAGUUUGUCGUAAUGAUGAAAAUAUAGGAACUAUUAAAGACACGUAGUUUGGUUUUCUGAAUAUUUCAGACUUGAGCUCAGGCUAGCUUAGUGUUGUUUUCUUAAAAUUUGUGGCUUGUCUUUUAAAUUAAUAAACUUUUUCUUGUUGAAAAUAA